AUGGCGGUGCAUGAAGCUCACGAAACACUGGGUACGCACGUCCGUAUUGCUCCGAACUACGUCUCCAUCUCAGAUCCUCGCGCUGUCUAUGAUAUCUACGGCCACGGUGCCAACUUUCUCAAGGAUGCUUGGUACGAUGGAGGGGCCGGAGAGUUCCGUCAUAUGGCGGACGAAAGAAUCAAGACCGAGCAUCAGAGAAAGCGCAAAUUACUUGCCCAUGUCUUUGCGCAAAAGUCCUUAUCGGAACAAGAGCCCGUCAUUGCUGAGACGAUCCGCACUUUGAUGGCACAACUCAGAAAGCAUGCGCAAGAUGAGAGGCCAAUUAAUAUGCGCCGGUAUUUCAACUACUUUACCAUCGAUGCUUUUUCGACAAUGCUCUAUGGUAGAUCACUCAAUUGCCUGGAGCGUGGCAGCGACAUAGUCAACGCCGAAACUCCGGAUGGGAAGGUCUAUCAAGUUCCCUUCAUUCAGUCUUUGCUAGACGCCACUCACAUCAACACCGUUCUUGGAAUGGAAGCCAGUCUAUUGCACUUGACCAGAAAACUCUUCUCUUGGCAUCCGUACAAGAAAGCUGGCGCGGACUUUGAUAAUAUCAUCCAGUACUGCACCAAGGCGCGUUUCACGUCUAAAGACAAGGAUGGGGACAUAUUCCAAAAGUUGAUGGCGAAGAAUAAUGGUGAGCCGGUUAACUUGCCCUUUGGCGAGCUUUUGGCGGAAUGCUCGGUCAUGAUGAAUGCCGGCACGGAAACAACCACGGCUGCCCUCACAAACGCUGUAUACCUCAUCUACACCCACCCGGACGUACUCGAGAAACUUCGAGAAGAAUUGGAUCCUAUUGUUGUGCAGAAUACCGUACCCAGUUACGAUGCCAUCGGGCAGUUGCCGUUUCUCAAAGCCUGCGUUGAGGAAUCCCUCCGCGUUCGACCGGCGAGCUCUAUGGGAUUGCCUAGGGUUGUGCCAGAGGGCGGUCGGGUGAUCGCGGGGCGGUUCGUGAGCGAGGGCGUCACUGUAUCAGUCCCAACCUACACUCUACUGCGGGAUGUCGAGACUUUCAAGGAUGCUGAGACAUUCCGACCUCAGCGCUGGAUUGAUGGAGACAAGGAAAAGAUGCUCAAGGUCCACCUUCCAUUCAGUACGGGACCUCGAGCAUGUAUUGGCAGAAAUAUUGCCUACUUUGAGGAGCUCAUGCUCAUAUCAUCUUUGGUACGGAACUUCGAUUUUGACUUGGCUUCACCAGGCUGUGAAUUCAGGGCCUUGGAGCGAUUCAACUCCAACCCAGACGAGCUUUUCCUUUUUUGCCGACUUCGUGAUAUCUAA